UACAGUAUGCUCUACUUAACCCCUUGUGCGAAUGUGUAGGCACUGUCUAUUAUGAUGGGAUUGAGGUGGUGGAGGUAAGGUGGGACAAAUGUAUUCGGACGGGAGGGCCUGAGGGCCCGUUGGCUUUCAAUCUUAUUGUUGCUGCUAUGUGGGGCUCCACGAUUCGAGAAUGGGACGUACUAGGACUAGGUUAUCGUAUUGAGUUUGCGACUGGCUCGACUAGCUGUGUUUCGAUUAUUAAUCACUUCCUUUGGGCGGACAACUGUUAUGUAUUGGCUCGGAGUCGAGAGGAACUCACACGCAUGUUAUACGGUCUAACUACACAGUUACAUGACUAUGGCAUGAAAUGGGAAGAAUCCAGCCUAUUGUACAUGGUGUUCGGGGUCGAGCCUCCGCGAGAUGUGGAAGGGGAAAUACUAUGCACUGCUGAUCUUGUUCUCUCGAUGGGGUCGGAGGAGUCUGGAGUGUAUCGAUUUAGAAGGACGACGGAGAUGGAUGUGCUUGGGGCUCAUAUUUGUUCUGAACUACAUGUGAAUGAACAUCCAGAUUUGGACGCUAGUAUUGACUCUGCUCGCAGGGCCUUCUGGGGGCAGGCGACCUUCUUCCGCUCCACGGCCAUCCCGUUGAAAGAUAAAGAUGAGAGGUAUGCUCAGAGAGUUCAGAGUAUUGUGCUCUACGCGGCGGAAGGAUGCACGGACGAUUCUAGUUCAUUGAGUGCCCUUCAUAUCUUUGAAGGUAAGUGCCUGUCUGUAAUGUCUCGUUGUAUACGGAGGGAAGGGGAAAGUUAUCAGGAAUGGAAUACGAGGAGGUAUGAACGUGCGAGACAAAAAAGUCAUGAUGCUCACUUUGCGGGUAUUGUACAGAAGUUUCUCAGAGUGCAUUGGAUGUGGGCAAUUGACAUCCAUGAUUUUGCCCAUAGGUUGAUCACAGAUCGGGAGGCGUUGGAGGCGAACUCGAUGAGAGCUAGGAGAGAUUCUCGUUUCUCAUGCCUGGCGUUUGGCCGACUGUGGGAUAGAAUGAGGACAGAUUCAAGCGAGGCUCUCAGAUGUUGGGGGAAUUGGAAGGAGGCCAGCUCAAUGAAAAUACAUCGGGGGGGACAGGAGAGUGUCGGACUUCGUCCGUGGUACUAUUCAUUGGAAUCGUUUUACGGUUUAUCCUGGUGGGAUUUCUUUGCUGGAAGUUUUGAAAAUUUCAUGGAUUUCGCUGCUAAUGUUUGUUCAAGUACUAUGUUGAAGUACUUCCAAAAGAAGUGCAAAGAUUUGGCGCCCUCAGGGGUGCCUGUGUUCUUGAACUUGGAUGAGGAUGGAGGGGUUCAUAUUGGUCAGGAUCGGGAGGAUACACCUGCAUAUAGGGAUCGUCUCAGCAAACGUAUUGCGUUGCAUAACAUGCGUUGUACACAGUGGGACCUCGAUACGGACGGGAUACCACUGGACAUCCAGGGGGACUCACUACUUGUAAUUAACUGGCUCUGCGGGAAAUGGAAAGUAUUAGCUCAGGUAUAUCAGAAAAGGGUGGAUGCUCUGAUUAAUAAGUUGGACGAUAUGCAGGAAACUUACUCGGUGAGGCCUCCAGAGGCUGGCCGUGACUUCUUCUCUCAUUCUUUUCGGGAAUGGAACCAGAGAGCUGACUCACUGACCCAUCAGGCCCGUCAGGGCCACGUGUACGCCGAUUUCGUUUACCUCAACGACUUUGAAUCUCAGUGUUAUAUUCCUUGCCUUAUCAAAGCCGGCUUUGAUGGGGGAGUUUAUAGCCGCGGAAGUGCCUGUGGUGUAUGGAUGCAGAUUGGUCUGCGAAACAAAUAUAUCUUCUCGCGGACCGACAUCAUUUUCAAGGAUGUGUAUCUCGCGGCUUGGUGUCUGCCACCAAGCGCCACUGUUACAGAUACGGAACUAUCGGCGGCGGAGCGCAUAUGCGAGGUGCUCCCACAGGUUGUGCAGACCUUCUUUGAUCAUUCGCAGUGAUAGGCCACACAUUGUUUCUUCUUUUCUGUGUCUUGUUUAUUCCUUCAGCUUCGCUGUUCACUGACUCACUCGUUUAUCUUUGUGUGCUUUGCGUUUGAUUGUGUCAUUGCGGCAUGUGAUUCUCUUUAUUCCUUCAGCUUCGCUGUGUGGUAUAAGAGCUGACUGCUUGCGUGAUGAAUAAGAGGCUCUGUUUCGCCUGAUACUUUGUUGGACCUGGCCUCAGUGGCCAAGACGGUCCCAGCAAAGACGCAAAAAACAAAGGUUGACGGUUUACCGCCGGCGCCCAGUUUCGGUGUGUGCCCUUGCUCUCCGGGUUUACCUCGUAGAGCUCUUCGGCAUCGAUGAGCUAGAGGAAUUCGGGCGCGGGGUGCAGCUAGUUGGCCGAUCCGGAAUCGAUUUGAAGACAUCGUGCUGUCGGUUUUCUCAACUUAAAUCGAUCUAGGAAGCUCUACGAGUCUCCCGGCGGUAACCAAGGUUGAUCAUGAAGUUGCGCACGUGGGUUCGCACGUUCCUGUUCUUGCUCAGACGGCAGCUGAUGUGAAGAUGUCGGAGUUGGAGAUGGAUAACGAGGAUAACAUGCGGUGCUUACUACUUCAGACGAUGCAUAAGAUGGAUGACAAUACUGAGAGGAUCCAGGACGCCAUAGUUGUUCAGGGUAGUAAAAUCGAUAAUGUUCAGACCCAGGUACAGAAGCAGGGUAGUAAAAUCGAUAAUGCUCAGACCCAGGUACAGAGAUUUGAGGCCAGAUACAAUCAACUUGAGGCCUUCGUCCAGAGACUUCAGGGACUGGCGCGAUCAGGUUCUGCGGCGAGUGCUGCGUCUACGAGGCCUGUGUUUACGAGACCUGCUAAUACUAUACAUUAUACCUGAGUAUAUGCUGCCUGCCGCCGCCUCUCUGUGUUGCUGGCUUGUAUUGUGUCACGUGCUUGUUCAGUGAGACGAGUUUGAACUUUUGUGACUUGUAAUUGCGUUGCUUUCUUCAUGCUUGUGUGUUCAUGCAUGCACGCGUGUCGAAUAAGAGCUUCGCUUGAUGGCCACUUGUUGCAUGCAUUAAUGAUUGAGAUCGCCUCGCGUGGUCUUUUUGUUUGUUAUUGGGACUGCCUCGUGUGGUUAUUCAGUGCAUCUUUAUUCAGUGCAGCCAUGGCUGUAAUGCUUGUAUCUCAUUUGUUCUUCUUUUCCUCACUUUAUCUCUCAUUGAGCUCUAACAAUUCAGUGUGUGCAUGUUCAGUCCCUGGCCAGGUCUCCUGGCUCUCUUGUCGCAGUCUUAGUCUUGCCUCUUCAGUGUUCUCACUGUUGUAGGGUUUAAUUUUAGUUCCGCCUCAUCAGUUUCAUUUGACACGUUUGAUCGCCUUGAGUGGUCUCCAAUUGAUUUGUUUUGCUGGGUGCUUCCUUCACUUUCUUGAUCGUUCCGACGUGCCUGUUGAUUGAGACGUACUGUGGCCUCAAAGAGGUUCGAUAGUAUUUGAUCUCCUUAAUUCAUCACUUCACAUUUGACGUUGAGCAUAAGACUCUUGUCAUACCGCGGGUUGUACAAGCGUAUUUCGGAGAGCUUAGGCUGUCGUCUUCCUGAUCGUCAGGAUCGGUGAGGCUUCGCCUGCUCCCUAUACGUCCGCGUCUUUACUUCCGACUAGGCUGGAAAGCCUGCACAGUCGACCGCAAAGUCCGCAAAAAACCAAGGUUGACGGUUUACCGCCGGCGCCCAAGUAAUUCGGACGCACUGGCAGGCUAGUUGGCUCGAAAAAUCUCGACGGAACUUUUGGUGACUUUUG